GCCGUGCUGGUUCGUCUUGGGAGGGGGUGUCAGGAUUGCCAGCUUGGCAAGACGAACCACUGCGAGCUUGUGAGCUAGGGUAGAUUGCUGUGUAACGGAGAGAGAGAGGAGAAGACAAGGGAAGACAAGGAAAGCAUUCUGAGGAGACACGAUCUUAUCAGCCAUCACCGAAGUGAGAUCUGUGUUGACCACCCUUCAUGAUGCCAUACAUGGACAGAAACAACUUUGACUGACUGGCCAGUCCAUCGGUCUUACUAAAGGCGGUCUUACUAAAGUAAAAGCACUCUUACUCUGGGACUUACCGCCCAGCAGAUCCUCUAUUCAGCUAACUACAGGAAAGGUCCUCACCGACCUUUUUCGCACAGAUGUAAUGUGGAUUCAUCCUGUGGUUAGUACGCAGACGUAUAUAUAUAUAUAUCUUUCAUUCAUUCAGUUGACCAUCGUCCAUUACAGCUCGAUAUAUAGACAAGAAAUGUAUGUAUUUAUGUACACAGCUAGUCAGGGCGACGCAUCGCUAUCCGUGCAGACACACACACACGCACGCAUCAGUCCGCCCUUCCUCCCGCACGAUCGGACAAGCAGGCAGGCACGCGAACACACAUAUGAUCGCUCUGUCUAUCCCUCCGCUACACACCGGCAGACAGGCACCGUCACACGCACGCAUCUACGCAUCAGUCCGCCCCUCUCUCUCUCCCUUACGCACCGACACACACACGCAUUGUCUGUCCUACCUGUUUAACCUUGCCCGUUUCAAUAAAUAGAACACAUACACACAUAGAAACAGAAGAAUGACGCUACUAUGAUAGUUUGGGUAUGUUUUUGAGGUGAAUUGCACUAUGCUUCACAAGAAUUGACUUUGGACAGAUGACGGAUGGACAGAGGGUGUUUCAUUCAUUCUUACUCGCACCCAUUCUUCAUCUGUCCGCAUGCACGCAUCACUCACAUACACGCACGCUUACGUCACAACAGCACAUUCAGAUGUGCCGCUUUGUGGCAAACCCCCGUACACCACAUUCCACAAUCAGUGAUGCUGCGGUUCGCCGUAAGCGAGGGGACACUACUGACUGGCUGUCAGUGAGGUCGGCAACAGGGACACACAAGGUGCCAGAGUCAACCAACCUUACUACUGACAUGGCAAGCGAGAGCAGAGAGGCACAAAUACAAUACUUCCACAAUCCCAUCAAUCAAAAACAAGUGACUGAUACAUAGUCAUUCACCCGCCCUCAUGCCGAUGACAGACGACACCGCACCACUUGCUCUUCGGUGCACCACACACAGAUUAUGGUCCUGCCUACUGGUUGGCUGACUUGACACACACACAAGGCAUCACGUACGUACGUGGGAGAGAACACAAGCUCACCUGACUGGACUUGGAACACAUACUAGCAGACACCGACAGACCCCUCACCACAUCCGCCAGUCCUUCCAUCGUGGGCAGACGGACAGAUGGGUAUGGCAGCAACGUCGCAGCAAACGGAGCGGCGCAAGCAGGUAGAUGAAGAUGUAGGCAAAGAAAGAAGCAUAUUUGUCCUCCCCUUCUUCGUCCUCAACCAACGCACACACGGUGAGAGGCACAAGAUAAAACUGAUGUCAACAAGUGAGUGGCAUACGGAGCAAAACAGGCAGGCACGAGAAAGCAUGCAGGCAAAGGGAAAGGGGGCAUCCAUGCACCCAUUCAAAAGGGCAAUCAUUUCAUAGGUGCCCUCCCUCCGAGCUCUCUAACGUAACGCACAGCUGGCAUUGCGCGACACGACUAGUCAUGAAGCAUCUUGCUGUACAGCCGUCUAGCCCCAGCUCCCCGGGGCCAAUAGUUGUGGUCCGGUCCAGCGGUCUGUGGAAGUAGGGAUGGGCUGCUCUCUGAGGCGGAGGCCGCCACAGCGUUAGAUUGUUGGCGAUCACGUGGUCGCGCAUCACUGUCAUCAGAUGAGGAUGUGCGUCCAUCUCGUACAUCUUCACGUCGUAGUUGUUGACCUCUUGCCGUCCAAUGCCGGCCCACCUUAAGUAUAAGUACAACGCGCGGCCUGAUGAGAGAUAAGACACGACUGGUCCAUACUUCUACCUUGAUACAUACGUGGAUGUAUGUGUGUAUUACAUGGAUGUAGUAUGCAUGUACGCAUCGUUGCCAGUGUUGCUUUGUACUUCCCUACCGAAGUUGUCCUUCACAUCAAAAGCAACACCACGGCCCUCUUUUGCCCAUCCACACACCACAAGCGGAUCACGCCGUUUAUACCGUACACACCGACCCCGGCGCCUGCAUCCACUACGAAGCUUUGUCCAUGCUGAAAAGAAAGGUAAGGGGAGCAUGGUGUGUGCGAAUGUAAUGGAAGAAGAACGCCACCAUACCUACCUGAACGAUCGUGUUCGCUGGAACUGGCUGUACUUGGGCCCCGUAUUGCAUCUCAAUCUCCGGUCUCUCCAGCGCCUGUCCGGUCAUGUUGGUUACUACAACACGGAGCUGCCGGGGCUGCUCUAGGAGCCGCACAACAUUAUCGGCAACAUGCGGAAAAACUUGAACGACACCCCCCAUCGACUUUCACACUUCAACAACUUCAACCAUAUCUGAA